ACCACCACCUCCAAGAGGACCACUGCCUUGACCGGAGACAUCAUCAAACACCAUCUAAACAGUGCUGCAACGUCACCUCUUCUACACAGCCACUGGCAGCUCCUUGGCAGGGGUUUCGUUCAUUCACUUCUUCUCAUCUAUUAAGCCUCGCUCUCCUUUAUCUUCUAAUAUUUCUCUUCUUUUUGCUCGCCCGUCGUAGCUUUCUGUGUUUGUCAAAGCACUUCUCAUCCAACAACACACCGCAACAGCAACAGCAUUCCUCAGCCACCCACCACGCCUCAAACACGAACCCAGAGCCCAGAGAUGACAGGCUCUAGUGUAGAAGCGUCACAAAAGCACAUGAUACUGAACGACUUGUUCAAACCACAAGCUCUGUCACAUCUGUCUCGACCCAGGACGUUUGUCAAAUUCUCCCUUCUACCUCCUGAGAUUCGGCUCCAGAUAUGGAAUGCGUGUAUGCUCCAGCCGUCAGCAUCACGACUCAUCUCACUUAUCCUUUGCUCUGAUCGUUCAACCAAGACUAGACAUUACCGCAAGAAGAACGGCCUGGGAAAUAUCAUCAGCAGCCACUCCUACUAUGUACGGCAAGAUUCGGUACGGUCUGAAUGGCUUGACGCAAUUGACCAGGUCAAUCAUGAGUCGCGCAAUGCUUACCGUCAACGAUACCGCGUGCGGUUUCCUAUUUCCAUCAAGUCUGCCGAUGGCGACAAGUUCCAUAUCGCUUACAUCGGCUUGAAUCCCGAAACGGACAUCCUCUACCUUACGUCUCGUCCCGGAUCUCAUGGGCUUUCGUUCAUACAUUGCAUUCAUGAUAUCAUUGCCUACGACCCUAGAGGAAUCGGUGUCGCGCACUUGGCCAUGGGGGGAUGCGAUCAUCUUUCCUACCUUUCCCGGUUACAUCCCAGCCAUCUGCCAUUACAUGCGCAGGAGCAGAUAAACCAAUGGCUAUCUGGAAGCCUCCAGUCGUUUUAUACUGUUAUUCAGAUGGGUAUAACGUCUCGAGAUAUUGACAUGAUGCUGUUCCCGUUCCGACAGUCGGAACACGCCAACGAUCUGUGGCAUUGCAAUCGCUCUCUUCCCAUCAUUGCCAAUACAACGCACUAUACUCGAACCACAAGAGAUAUGAGAUCCAUUGAUAAGGACCUCGCCUAUAUUGCCGCACCAGCAGAUCCGCGCGAAUCAACCCAAAUGUGGAAUCAGUUCCGAGCCAACUUUGGAAAAGACAAGGAAGAACUGCAGUUGCGCUACCUGAUGGGACUAUCGGAGCCAUCUCAAACAGUCACUACCCGCCAAGACUUAUGCUAUUUUCUGGAAAAGAGCAAUGAACGCUGGGAGAAAAUAAGGGCCAACUUAAAGGCAACAGGCCGCCACCAAGCUUUACUUGAUGACGACUAUUGGUCACAACGCACGAUACCGCAGGUAGCUGGGCUUUGGAAUCUCCCCGCAGACGCAUUUGGGACAGUGCCCCCUCUUGAUGCUGGGUUUACAGACUGGAACUACAAGUAUGUCUUUGAUAUAUCACAUAUUCGUCCAGAACUUUGGGUAUUUCAUCUCGUUAAAUAGUGCUACCAAGGGCGUGAAUGGGCUUUGUUGUAUGUUAUGCUCUAGACGGACUAAGUUAUAUAGUAAUAUUUUUAAUAAAGU